AUGCAGGCGCACAAGUCCCGUUUACCACAGCGCCAUCACUGUAUAAACUCGGAAGCAGGAGUCCAGCUUUGCCGGCUCCCUUCGACAGAGGCGACGACGGGCUCAGUAUGCAGCUCAUGCGACAGCACGGCGGCUGCGGCCGCAGGCGACGACCCAGCUCACCACAGCCAGGUCAACACGGCGCAGCUGAGGCCAGAAGAGGGCAGCGAGAGGAAGAAGAAAUGGGCACCGCGCGCGAGAACGGGGUGUAUCACAUGCCGAACGCGGCGUGUCAAUUGCGACGAGACUCAGCCGGCGUGUAAGAAGUGCUCUCUAUCGAACCGAGAGUGUCUUCGGGCGACGCCGCAGCACCACGCGCCGUCAUUCUCCCCCGGAGCCGGGACAGACACGGCGCAGCAGCCGUCCCUCUCCGUCAGCCCGCCGCAGAUCCCGCGCCGUCACCACGAGGUGCAGCUCUUCCACUAUUUCCGCGCCGAGGUGGCGCCGCAGCUCGCCGGCCUCUUUGACCAGGCCUUUUGGCGCGACGAGCUACUCCGGAGCACGCAGUCGCAGCCCAUCCCAUGGCACGCCUGCAACGCCAUUGCCGCAACGCACCUGCUGGACCGGACCAGCGGCGGCGGCGGCGGCUCCGGUUCCGCCCCCCCGCCGGCGCUGCUGCCGCUGCAGCCGUACUACCAGUACCAGGCGGCGCUGCAGAGCAUGCGCCGUCUCGUCGCGCUCCCGUUGGUCACGGACACGACCAGGAUCGGCAUGAUUGUCGCGAGCCAGCUCUUCGUCGUGCUGGCCGCGCUCCGCGGCGACAACGCCGAGAUGACGGCGCACUACCAGAACACGUGCAUGCUGGUCGGGCUCUGGCGCACCUGGGCGCAGACGCGCAUCCAUCGCCGCCGCGACAGGCACACCGUGCUCGCCGCCGACUCGGUCAUCUACGCCUGCUUCCGCGCCGACAGCCUCCUGCUGUUCCUCCAGCCGCCCGGCUACCGGUACCACUCGUACUGGGAGGGCUGCACCCUGCGCCUGCGCGACGACCCCUUCAUCUCCCUCACCGAGGCGUACUUUGAGCUCGAGCCCGUGUGGAACAACGUGGUCAAGGCCGCCGUCCACCCGGGACCCGAGGUGCCCGACUUCAUCACCGACGGCGGCGAGUUCACGCAGCACGUGCUGCACCACUACAAAGAGCGCAUCGCCAAGUGGGAGCGCAAACUCGACGCGCUCCGGAGGCAGCGCUGCGGCGGCGGCGGCGACGCGCAAGACGCACCGCGGCUGGCCGUGCUCGAGCUUCGUGCGGCCACGGUCAAGAUGCUGCUCUACACAUUCGCGCUCGAGGUGUCGGCGCUGUGCUGGGACACGUGCACGGCCGACUUUGGCAGGCUGCUGGACGGCGCGAAGCGGCUGAUGGAGAUGCGGUACGCCGCCGCGCGGCGCGAAGAUACGCCGUCGGUGACGACGGCGGUGGGCGACACGCCGGGACGCGCGGGCCGGCUGAUGGCGCUGUCGCCCAUGACCAACGAGACGCUGCAUCUCGUGGCGCGGCUGUGUCGCGCACCCGCGCUGCGUCGCCGGGCGUGCGCGCUUCUCGCGCACGACUACCAUCUGGCGCCGUCGGUGCACACGCUCGUCUACAUGCACCUGGCCGACGCGCAGAUGCGUCUCGAGGAGGCCGAGUGGCAACAGACGGAGCUGGGCGCGCGGUGCGGCACGACCAGGAUGGGCUCGGCGGCAUGCGAGUGCAGUCGUGCGCGCAGCUUCGUAUGCGAUGGCCACCGCGUGUACCAGACCGCGCUGGAGGACAUGACGGCCACGGGCGCCGUGCUGCUGCUGCGGACUGUGGACGGGUUUGCCCACAGUCGCCCGUGGAGAAGGCUUCCACUGGACUUUACUCUGCAGAAGAAGGAACUCGUUAGUUUGGCCGAGUUGUAA